AUGGCCUUCCGCAACGGGUCCUUUGCGACCUUCCUAAUCGUCUGCCCAACAUCCUUCUUCCUCGGCCUCAUCUUCUCCCUCUUCCCCUACGACUACCCCAUCCUCUGGUCCACGACACCCACCCCCGCAACCCACUUCGACUACUUCGAAUCGCACCUCCGAUUCCUGCACGCCUCGCCGCCCCUAAUCCCGCGGAUCCUGCACAUUGUCAUCUUCCUGGGUCUUCUCGGUCUGAUCAUGAAACUUUACAAACCCUCCGAAAGUAAUAUGUUGUUCGAUGGCGCUAGUCUCGUGCUGUAUAUGUGUGGGAUUACAGUGUAUAUCGCGAAUAUUGUUAAGGGGUUGAGGUUGGUUAGUGGCGGGGUUUAUGGGGAUGAGUUGGUCAAAGGUGCUGCGAUUGGAGGUGGGGAAGGGGAUGAGGGUGUUGAACAGGGGCAGAUUCUGGGCAGGGAGGAUAGUUUGAAGGUGUUGGCGGCGAGUAAUACCAUCUUGGCGCUGGUGUUGGUUGGUGUGUUGGUGUUGCAGGCGGGCCAGUGGUAUGCGGAGAGGAAGGAGGCGCAGGAGGUGGAGAGUUUUAGU